UUGAGCUUUGUUAUCUUUAGUUUGCAGAAUCCGUGUGACAUUCAGGUAGAGGUUGUACUCCACGAGAAGGAUGCUUGUCUCUUCAUCGUGACUGAACUGUCAGUGCGGUGACUGCAGCAGAUGUUAAGCUAGCUAUCAAAGCCAGAGCUGUUCUCAGUACUUUACACGUAGUAAAGUACUCAACCUUCGCCACAGCUGCUUGAGGAGGAGAGACUUCAGCAUGCAAACCUCCAUCUGUUCGGCUUGCACUGUCACUUUCAUUCCAUGCUGCUGGCCUUCAGAUGGCUGCACAGAUGCCCCAUUCACAUCAGUACAGGGACCGUCACCAUCCAGACAUAAGUGACCAACAGGUUUCUGCCUUACCUUAUUCUGACUGGAUUCAGCAACAUCUAACUAACCAGAGGCGGAUGCCCCAAACCUUCAGUGAUCCAGCUACUGCUCCCCUGAGAAAACUUUCUAUUGACUUGAUCAAAACAUAUAAGCAUAUUAGUGAGGUUUACAAUGCAAAAAAGAAGCGAAGACACCAACAGGGCCAGGGAGACAAUUCUAGUCAUAAGAAGGAGCAGAAGGUUUAUAAUGAUGGUUAUGAUGAUGAUAACCAUGAUUAUAUUGUAAAACACGGAGACAAGUGGAUGGAUUGUUAUGAAAUUGACUCCUUGAUAGGCAAAGGUUCCUUUGGACAGGUUGUAAAGGCAUAUGAUUGUGUGGAGCAAGAAUGGGCUGCCAUUAAAAUAAUAAAGAACAAGAAGGCUUUUCUGAAUCAAGCCCAGAUAGAAGUGCGACUUCUUGAGCUCAUGAACAAACAUGACACUGAAAUGAAGUACUACAUAGGGAAACAGACAGACAGACAAAGCAAUGCGCCCUGA